AUGAAAUUCGACAGCCCGAAGCCGGAAGAUCUCGAAUUUGAGUACAUAGGAGAGAAACCUGAGUGUUUGAUAACCGUGAGAAGACUCAAAGAUUUCAAUGAUGACAUCGCAAGGAAACUGUUUCCUAUUAGCUCCGCCCAGUACUUCCCUUCAACCACAUACACGGUUCCUGGAAGAUAUUUUUCCGAGCCUUUCUGGGCUGAGGAAAAGCGGCGUCUCCAGAGAAUCUACAAAGUUUGGGAAGUCAAUAAAAGAAAGCUUGAAACGGACGUACCGUCUCACUAUGCUGACUGCAUGGCCGGUGUCAUCAUCGUUAUAGAGAUGUGCAAGUGGAUGCUUGGUGCUUGCUGGGAUGGCGAUCGAAGUAAGCCACCGAUUCCUCUUCACCUGUACAGAACAAGGAUGCGUGAGCUGAAGGAAAAGAACCAUUCGGUGGCACAAGGUUUGCAGGAGCUUUCGAGCGAUAUGGAAUUAUACACCAAAGCAAAGGAAGAUAUUGAAAUAAUGGAAGUUGCCAGUGGUGCUCCAAAAAAGCGCCGAGUAACGGAAGGCGAGGAUGCACAGGGACUCAAAGCACCCCCGGAAUGGAGAACAAUGUUCUUGGAGCAGAUGGCUGAUAUUGUAGGCAGACUCAGCAAAGUCGCAGACGAUGUCUGUCGCAAAAGGGUCUCUAAAGCAUUGGCAGCUGUUGCGGACCUUCGGCAGUGCAUGAAAGAUGGCAGCAAUUAUGAUCAAGCAGCUACGAAACUAAAGAAGCUGGUGGAAAUGGUCAAAACAUUGGAAAGGAAAGCAUCCGAGCCAGCCAUGGAAAUGGAAGCCGAAGGAGAAAGACACACGCCUUCACCAACCGUUCAGUCUGCUACUUGUAACACCCCUACAAGUGCUCAGCCUAAAAGCAGUUCAGCUAGCGGUUCUGUUUCAAAGAAAACGAGAAAGAGUGGGAGAAAAAGUGAUGAUUCCGAAGAGAAGAGGGCUGACGUGGGCUCUAUCGCCGACGAUCCAAACGAUGAUCUGAUUUCGCGUGUUAAACGAGGUCAACGGAAUCGGAGGCCAACACGAUCUUUUACUCCCGGAUGGACACCACCAGGUUCUCCUAUUCCUAGUAAACCAACUUUCACUACCAGAGCCACUUCACCAGCUGCCAGGGAUACCCCACCGAUCAACAAGCCUACUCCGCUCCACACGAAACCUCAAACAACCGCUCCAACAUCGCCCGACAGUGGACGUCCAAGUAGUAAUGAAUCCAGCGAUAAUACUUCGAUGCUGCUGAAGGAACAGCAGUCACAGGCUACCGUUCCACCCGCUCCACAGCUACGGGAAAGCGGAUCUGCUUUCGAGAAGCCCUCUCCUACAUUUAACACGAAAAGAACCGCUGAAAAUAAGGGAUCGCCCGGCGUCCCUUCUCCACCCAUGAAUUUGCUGCCGUCCACUCCUAACCUUCUUCCACAUCCAGCGAACUUUAACCAUGUCAGAUCUCCUCAGCUACCUCCUCUCAAUCUUAAUGAGCAGGGUCUUAUGGCAAUAUGGAAGGAGAAAAUUCAACUGGGCGACGUUCGUAUUACUCUUCUCAACAUGUUCCGGACAGAUGGAGCACCUCAGUACCAUUUUAUUCCACUAAUGAUAGAAACGAUUGAUAAGGCAAUCGCUGCUCUCGACAAAAAAGAUAUGAUAUCAUUCGCCAUGCACAAAGGUAUAUCUACUACGUUUUCUGCCAGAAGUUCAUUGCUAGAAGUAUGUAGAUCACUCGUUGAUAACUUUCCUUUAGCUGCUAUUGAGGUCGGCUGUAAUCAACUUGGAAGUAUUAUGCGUUCUUGCAAUCCAGUUGAUCCAACUAGUCAGUUGGCUUCUCUAGCAGCUGCAAUGGGGAUCAAUCCGGCACCGUUCACGUCGAUGCUACAGCCAUCUCCAUCCAACUCUGGGCUGAACCCUAACAUGCUUGCCGAUCUACAUGGAGCAGCAGCCGUUGUAGCCGCACGCGAGCAGAUGAAUGGAGGAGGAUAUUCGUUCCCACCACAGCCUAUGGACCAAGUUCCAGGGUUCGUGGAACGAGACAUUUCGAAGCUUUUAUUGUGA